AUGAUUCCUUUUCCACCCUCCAGCUCGGGCAGCCCCUUCUUUUGCUUGUUCGCCUUUACUCUGUUCUACUUUCCCUUGCUCUCCGCUUGCGUCUGGGCUUGCGUUUUCGCCUUCUCGCUGGCUUCUCGCGCUCGCCAAUUACUAAUCCGCUUGUCAACACUUCUUAAAACCGAACCAUGCUGUUAUUGUCGCCUCUCACAUGGGGAUAUUGGCUCCACUGCAGUUUGCCAAAGAACAGGUGAUCUUCGGCAGUUCAACAAAAAACCGGGAGUCCACCAACUCGAAGUCGGCAGACGUCAUGGACUUCCAGUGAUCCGCCAUUCCCGCCUCAACCGUCCGCUUCGGCCGGCAGGACGGAUACGUGUUAGUCGAUCUGGUCGGGCACCCUUUCUGAAGCCUCGACGCCGUUGCUAUCUCCGACAUCGCCUAUCUACGAUUUCGGCAGUCGCUAAUUCAGCUGCUUCCUUCACUACCGCUAGUAGCUCCAGCCCAAAGACAACUGUUUACAAAAGCAACGAUUCUCCAACAUUUGUCAGCAUGAAUUCUGCCAAUUUGCCUGAAUUCAAUGCUUUGAUUUCUGUUAACAAAGUGUCCGUUGACGGGGAUACACAUCGUGAGAAAUUGGCUGGCUCAUCUUCGGUUGGCCUGGUGAACUCUGCUAGAGAAACACAUUCUCCUGUUGCUAUUCCAUCGUCUAGCAGAUCAUUUGCUAAUAAUAUUUGUCAGUGCGAUCCUUCCACUAUUGAUGCUUCAAUUUUAGACUCAUUCACCAAAUCUUCAUCGUUAAAUGACCCCUUGAGAAAGUCUAAACUUGCGCUGGAAGCUCGAAAGCCUGGCAGAAUUAAGGCGAGACCAGUCAAGAGACCGAGAUACAAAGAAGCAGGGCAGUUGUUUUGUGAAUCCGGCAGAGAUCUACUACUAGACGAGGAGGCUCCUUUCAACUUACUGUGUGGAGAUGAAUGCAUCAACCAAACUAGCAGCAAUGGCAUUACCUUAUCUCACGAGCUGCGGCCGUCGCCAAGACCUGUUACCUCUGCCAAUCAUUACUUCCUAUCCUCCCGGCCACUUAAGUGGUUGUCUGGCCGGAAUCGAGCCUGUGUUUCUAGCACAACAGAUCUCCUCUUUGCUUCACCCAAGACUGAUUCUACUAAGCAGCUCAUUGACUGGAACAAAGCCUCCUGUGAUUGUCGAGUAGACUCGUGUUCGUCCAAAUUGAUCCACACCCAGUGUUCCUCUUGCCAGCAUCCCUUUCUUCGAUGGUAUGCGGAGAGUAAUACUUCCUUACUCUAUCGUGUAUUGACUGUCCAAGCACCGGAAAUAGCAAUCCCCUCUGGACUCUUCGCUACUGAUGCGUUCAACAUUACCACAACUAAACAUCCAGUCUCGCAUCAAAAAAUUGACCCUCUUCUUACUACCAAUCGGUCCAUGUGCUCCAAUCUUCAAUUCCAUGCAGACUCCGAACCAAAUGACCAGUUGUCAGCAUUUUCAUCCUCCCUCAAUCCAGCCGCGGCUUCUCAACGGCCUUGCUAUGCACCUUGCCAAUGCUUCAAACAUCGCGUCUGGCUUGGCCAGAAGACGCCUCAGUUGGCCUGUCUUCAUUUGUUAUCCAGCUCGCUCGCCCUUCUCUUUACGAUUGUCAGCUUCACUGUCGGCGAGAUUGACGGUGAUUCGUGGUCCGGCCUAUGCGUGCCCGGUCGCAUCAAUCUCUGGCCUAGGCUGACUUUGCUCCUUGGCCCACUCACUAUAUGUCUUCUUGUACAGACAGUAUUCUUCUGUCAAACCGGCUUUCGUCUCGUUAAGCUUGCCGCUGGCCUGCAGUCAACCAGACAUUUGGAUCUCGGUGAUUGUUGUUGCCGUUUCCUCCGGCAAUUACGACAAAGGCCCCACUCGAUGGACUUGCAGAUGGCCAGCAGACUUAGGCGUAGUGCACUCGGUUUAGGGGUGUUGGGUGAAAAGAUUCGAAGGUCGGUUCCAUCAGAAGACGUCGGCGGAUUCCUCUUGACCAGCUGUCGAUUGGCUUUAUUGGAAGAUUCAUGCUGA